AUGGCGACGCCAGCACAAGUUCCAGUAGGGAUGCCAGCACCAAAGCCAAAGGUGACAGCAGCCCAGAAGAAGAAGGCAGAAAAAGAAGAAUUAUUGCAGGAAGAAUCAAGACUAGCAAGAGAGCGAAAAAAAGCAGAGCAGGAGAGCAUUCAAAUUGAUCGAGACGCGAAAGCAAAGGAGGAUGAAAAGAAACGCAGUGGCGUUGGCCAAAAUCUCAAUAACCCAAAUGAAAGAGGAUUUAAUAAUUACUGGUCAGCUCACCAAAAUGCUCAAACUGGAGUUUCGGAACAGUCGAUUGAGGAACAAGCAGCUCUUGCCGAGGCGUCGAAGCAGGGCCAAAUGGCUCAACACACCGAUGAAUCCGCAAAAGAAACUCCGGUUGAUCAACACGGCGAGUCAUCAAUGCAACAAAAUGAGAGACCACCAACCCAACACUCCAGAUCGACCCAAGAAGAAGACUUGAUGCAAGGCACAGAUCAAGAAUCGGACCAAUCGAUGGAUGACCAGUUUUUCGAUGCACCAACACACCGGAGCCCAAACAGCAAAACAGAUGCCUCCACUCUACAAGAUGAGUUUCAACAAUCCAACGUAUCUAUGAAGCAUCAGAAAUUGCAAACGGAUGAUGUCAUCAACCCAUCGAUCGAUAUGCCGAAUUAUGGUAAACCUUGGGCUGGGUCCGCAGAAGAGACAUCUCAGAUUUGGGUUAUUCUCAAUAAUUCACCUGUUGGUAUCGAUAUAGUUGCUCAUGCCACUCUACAAUUAGCACAGAUGCGAUUUGAUGAACUUAAGUCGUGCCGCCCCGCUUAUCUCCAAAUGAUGUGCCUCCGCCUCUGCGGUGGAAACAUCACCGUCAUUAAAGAGAUGAAAGAAUUGAGUAUGAAAAAAGCCAGUGCAAUUCUCGAAAAGAAUCCUUUGGAUGAUUUACCUGAGUCUGAACCGAAGGAUGUUGAAGCUGCUCCAGUGAAUUGGGCUGAUAGAGAAGACGAGACAUUCCUUGAUAUCAACCAUAUCAAGAAGAAGCGGAAGCCAAGAAAGAAGGCUCUUCCACAAAUAGAAGAUUAUCUCUCAGAAAUCGAUGAGGUUCAAGAUGCAGAUGCCCCAGCUCAAGCUCCUGUCAAGGUAGUAAAGCCAAGAGCAAAGAAUGGAAGCGCGGCCAAGGCUGGUGAGGUUGAUUCUGAAGCCAUUGAAGAUGCCGUUGUCGUUGCGGGGGCUGUUGAGGUUCCUAAAAAAGCCGCAAAACCCAGAGCGAAGGGAAAGGCAGCAGCCAAGGCUGUUGAGGUUGAUUCCGAAGCCAUUGGUGAUGACGAGACCGUCGAGGCCCCAGCUAAAGCUCCUGUUAAGGUAGCAAAGCCAAGAGCGAGAAAGCCAAAGGCUGCCGACACUAUUGAGGUUGUUCUAGAAGUCGCUAAUGGUGAAGAUAUCCAGGGGUCCGUUGAGGCUCCUAGAAAGGUGCGAAAACCCAGAUCUAAGAAAACAAAGGCGGUUCGUUCUGUUGAGAUUGAAUCUGAAGCCAAUAACGAUGAUGAUGAUGAUGAUAAUGAACUUGAAGUUCCUAAGAAUCCAUCAAAGAAAGGAAUGUCUCAAGUCCCCGCGGUCAAGAAGCCAGCUGCAAAGCCGAGAGCGGUAGUCAAGAAAGCCCAGGCUCAAGAUAACGAGGAUGAGGAUGAUGAUGUUCCAACAAUGACAAAGUCACGCCCCGCCAGAUCAAGAGCAGCUUCAAAGGCAGUCGUUGUCCUUGACAGUGAUGACGAAGAUAAUGAGGAGGGCCAAGCAAACCCCAACAAGGAUAAGCCAGCAGCCAGACAAGUCGCCACGAAGAGUCAGAAGAAAGCCGAAAUCGAGGUUCCGGGACAUGUCAAGACUCUCCUUAACGAUACGGGCACAUUUUUGGCGGGCAGAACUUUUGUCGUCUCUGGAACCCUCCCUACUAUCGGCCGCAUAAACAUCGAAAAGCUGUCAAGAUUGUAUGGUGCCAAGACAUCAAGAGCAAUUACCAAGGCGACCACAGAUGUUGUUUUGGGCGAGAAUCCUCUAGCUAAGCAAGUUAAGGAGCUUAAAGAACUCAGUCCUAAUGCAAUGAAUGUUGAUGAGUUCAUCACUAUGCUGAUGUCGUUGUCGAAUGGUAGUAACAACCCUGUCGGCGCUGAUGGUGGCAAUGUUGCUGUAGAUGACGGUGAUGAUGGCGAGGAAGAAAUUGAGGACCAACCCCCUGCAAAACGAACUAAGCUAGGCGUGGGUCUCGGCUCCAGCUCUUCUGCAUUUGCUUAA